AUGCUGCAUAUGCUGAACGACAUUUUCAUGCUAGUCAUCUAUAUCACGUGUUUCCGGUAUGACAGGAGAGGCAUCCAGAGCGUCAUUGGCCACUCAAUUCAUGUUUCUUUCUUUCUUUCUUUCUUUCUUUCUUUCUUUCUUUCAUUAAUCUGUCUUAGUUCUCUCUUCUUUUUUGAAAUAUUCAUUUCCUUUAGUCUCUCUUUAUCAAUGAAUUUUCUUUUCCUUUCUUUCGGUCUUUCUUUCUUUCUCUCAUUAGUCUUUCUUACCACUCUCCUUAAGUAUUCUUUUUCUUUCUGUUGCCUCUCUUACUCUUUGAUCUACUAUUUCCUUUCAUUCUUUCGAUCUUUUUUCUUUCUCUUAUCUCUCUUACUCUUUAAAGUAUACUUUUCUUUCUUUCUUUCUUUCUUUCAGUCUUUCUUUCUUCGUUUAUCUCAUUUACUCUUAAAACAUUCUUUUUCUUUCUUUCUUUCUUUCUUUCUUUCUUUCUUUCUUUCUUUCUUUAGUCUCUCAAAUUCUCUGAAGUAUUAUUUCUUUCUUUCUUUUUUCAUUAUCUCUUUCUUCCUUUAUUCUCUCUUACUCUUUGAAUCUCUAUUACUCUUUGAAGUAUUCUUUUCUUUCCGUCUUUCUUUUUAUCUUUCUUUCAUUCUUUCUUUCUUUAGUCUCUCUGAAAUAUUCGUUUUCUUUCUUCUUUCUCUAGUCUUGCUUACUCUUUGCAGUUUUCUUUCUUUCUUUCUUUCUUUCUUUCUUUCACUGAUUCUUUCUUUCUUCCUUUAUAUUCUUUUUCUUUCUUUCUUUCAUUCUUUCUUUCUUUCUUUCUUUCUUUCCUUCCUUAGUCUCUCUUACUGUUUGAAUUAUUCCUUUCCCUUCUUUUUUUCUUUCUUCCUUUCUUUCAAGGCCACGUUUCUUCUCUGUUCCUUUUUUAACUUUUUCUUUUUACAUUUGUCAUUUGUUUCUUUCUUUCUUGUUUCAUGUUCUCGUUUUACUUUUAUGUUUCUCUUUUCUUUCUUUCUUUCUUUCUUUCUUUCUCUCAAUUUUUUUUUUUUGUUUCUUAUUUCAUAUUUUUUUCUAUUUUCUGAACACUUUCUUUCUUUCUUUCUUUCUUUAUUCCUUUCUCUUUGUCUUUUUUUCUUUUUCUUGCUGCCUUUCUUUCUCUCAAGAUCUCUUACGUAUUAUUACCUCUUUCGGUUCCUUCAUUUCUUUCCCGAUUAUAAUUUACUUCUUUCAUUCGCACCUUCUUUGCUCCUUGUUACGUAUUCUGGUCUUUCUUAA